GGCUAUUUACAGAUGAUCGAUUUCGUAUCUUUCGAUGCGUCUGACCGGCUCGACAUUGUGAAGAUAUUCAUGGCGAAACCUCGGGUUUCGAAGCUGCAGCAAAAAGGGACCCAGUCACCUCAAUUUUAUUAUUGGUCCUGCUGAAAUCCCAUGACAAGAAACUGGCCAGUUCGCACCACACAUGCUCCUGCCAGGUGUGAGGCCGCUGACAGCGAUAGAGGAGGCGUGCACUAGUGCGUGUCGCUAAUUCCGUCCAGCUCCAUCGGACGUCCGCCGCAACUGCGCAAUUAUUGUGCCUGUGCUACACGGCUCCUUGCUUGCAGCUGUAGCGUCGGUCCUUCCAGUUCGCUUGUGCCUCUGUCGACAUGGCCUCGAGCGGUUCGAGUAGCGUGGUGGUCGAGGAGAAGAGUUUAAAUGUCUUAGAGGACUCUCCUCCGGUGAACGCCGUUCGUACGAAGGACGGCGAGCUUUUGUCCCCAGAUGUGAGGCCGACUGCUGAGCGGCAGCUGGUCCGGCAACUCGACAUCAGGCUGAUGCCUACGAUCAUCGUCAUUUUUAUCAUGAACUACAUUGAUCGCAGCGCAGUAUCGUCGGCAAGGCUCCAAGGGUUGACAGAAGACUUGCAUCUCACACAAAUACAAUACUCUACUGUGCUCGCUGUGUUGUGCGCCUCAUACGUGCCAGCCCAGAUACCUUCGAAUAUGAUUCUGAAUCGCAUCUCGCGUCCGUCGUACUAUAUUCCGGCAUGCGUCAUCUUGUGGGGGCUCACGAGCACGAUGACAGGAAUGACACGCAAUUACACCGGUAUUGUCCUCUGUCGCAUCUGCAUCGGAAUCCCAGAGGCAGCGUUUUAUCCUGGUGCCAUGUAUCUGCUGUCCCGAUGGUAUACUCGAAAGGAACUGGCAUUUCGUUCCGCCGUCAUCUAUGGAGGUCUAUUGAUAUCCAACGCCUUUGGUAAUCUCAUGGCGGCAGGUGUCUUGUCUGGGAUGCAAGGAAGACUGGGUAUAGCUGCCUGGAGAUGGUACGCUACGCUCUAUUCAAAUGGAUCCAUCUCAAUGGCGAUUGGCAUACUAGCAAUAUUCAUUCUACCAGACUAUCCACAUAAUACUCGGUGGUUGACUCCAGCUCAACUGAGACUUGCUCAAGUCCGACUUGCAGAGGAUGCCGGUGAAGCGGAUGAAGAUGCUGCUAACGAGUCAGCUUUCGUCGGAUUGAAGCUUGCCUUAAAGGACCCAAAGGUGGCAAUCUUCUCGAUUAUGAACUGCUCUCAGCUCCUCGGAUUGGGAUUCAUCAACUUCUUUCCCACCAUCGCUGAUACGCUAGGAUUUUCCACAACGGUUUCUUUAUUGUUAUGCGCACCACCAUGGAUUUACGCCACAAUCGUGUGCGCUGUGAACGCUUGGAGCGCAGACAGAACAGGCGAGCGAUUCUUUCACCAUUGCUGGCCGUGGUGGGGCGUCAUCAUCGCAUACAUCAUUGGUGCCUCCACCACAUCCAUUGGGGCACGGUAUUUCGGAAUGUUCCUGAUGGCCGCUGGAUACUCUGGCAAGCUAUCUCGAUUUGCGUUGACGGCUGUUUGGGUAUCCAAUGCAAUACCACGACCUCCAGCCAAACGUUCUGCAGCCAUAGGCAUUGUCAACGGUAUUGGCAAUAUGGGAAACCUCAUAAGCUCGUACACAUGGCAGUCUCAAUGGGGCCCAGACUACCAUCCAUCUAUGUACAUCGGGAUCUCUACUCUGACCUUCAGCACCAUUCUCGCAUUUGUCAUUCGUUGCAUGCUUGUUCAUGAGAAUAAGAAGUUGAAGCGCGAGGAGGUAGAAGACCUCAAAGGGGCGAGACGUGAAAGAAUCGAGGAGGCCGCAAGGCUAGAAGGUCUGACGUUCAAGGAAGCACUUGAGCGCAGAAGGCGCUUCAGAUAUCUGUACUAA